ACUAAUAAUUAGCGAGAUUACAAAAUUUUGCAAAUAUUGCACUUUAUGUUUUAUAUUUUGCUAGUAAGUACUCAUUUUUCAUUGUGGGGGACGCGUUGUGUAGUAAAUUUCGAUUAUAUUGUUAUUUCGCGGAAUAUUAAUUUUCGCAUUUGGACAGCGAAUUUGGUUGCAAAAUCUGCAACCAGUACACGUUCGCAAUGGAAUCCUACGAACGAAUCAUACUGGUGAAGCCCGAAGUUUUUGUUUAUCGCAUCCCCCCGCGAUCGACAGCGCGAGGCUACAGAGCAGCGGACUGGAAUUUGGAUAAGCCUGAUUGGAUACUCCGCUUACGGGUGAUCGCCAAGGACAAAACAUGUGCAAUCCGACUGGAAGACAAAACCAGCGGUGAACUGUUCGGAGAAUGUCCCGUGGAUACGUACCCCGGAAGCGCAGUGGAAAGCGUCACUGACUCUAGUCGAUACUUCGUUCUGAGGAUUCAAGAUCCUUCGGGCCGCUCCGCCUUCUUGGGACUGGGCUUCGGAGAUCGCAGUGAUUCCUUCGAUCUUAAUGUGGCUUUGCAAGAUCAUUUCAAGUGGGUGGCCACAUCCGAGCAGAUCAACAAGGAAGAGGCGUCCGAUCAAAAGCCGCGGUUGGAUCUGGCCUUCAAAGAGGGUCAAAUGAUCAAAAUUAACAUAGGAAAAAAGUCCUCUACAACCACUAAAGCCCCUUCGACCAGUACGGGCGCUGUUCCCGGAUUGUUGCCUCCACCCCCGGGUGCCGGUGGAAUGGGAAUUAAGCUUAAUCCCCCGACAGCGCCAAUCGCACCGCCAAAUGCAGCUGCCAGUAAUGUUUCGCAGAUUCCCGCAGUUGCUGGUGCCAGUGGACUGUUGGAUUUCGAUCCGAUGUCUUCAGGGACGCCCGCGACCACACAGCCGAUCAGAUCCACGAAUGAAUGGGGAGAUUACAGCACCGGCUCUGCGGGAUCGAAGUCUACAUCAGAUACGUCUUGGAUGAAUUUUUGAAAAUAGCACAGCGGAUUCCCUUGCUUUGGUUGAAAUUCAGUGAAUAGAUGAAAUACUGUCAAUAACGUUGAUUAUCAAUGCAGUUACCGGAUUUUCAUUGUCUUAGAUUUGUUUUUGAUGUUAAGAUUUUGUUGUCAUUCCAAAGUGCAAAACGAUUGUACUCGUCUUGUUGCUAUGUUUUGAUCUUCGUUUUAUCCGUUAUUUUUGCCUUGUGUCACUUAAACAUUUGACUGUA